CUUUGCUCCAAACCUGAUUUUGUCGAUAUUCGUGUUGCGACUGGUUUAUCUUUCCACUCAGUCCAGUGUGGUUAGUACUUAACAGUCACGGGCCAUGUUAUUAUUUGCACACAAACAUUCUUAUAGAUUGUCUGUAAUUCGCGAUGUUGGCUAUUUUUCUUCUAUUUUAAGUAUUUUCGAAUUUCUGUAAAUGGCAGAUUGUCCAGACGUCAAUAUUAUUCCGCGUUCAGAAUGGGGUGCACGAAAUCCGGUGGCCGGAUUAACAAAUUUGACGCUUCCGGUUAAAUAUAUGGUUUAUACGCACACUUUUGGCGAACCAUGCAAUAAUCCCACAUCUUGUUCAUCCAUUGUUCGAGAAAUACAGAAUUUUCAUAUGAAUUCGCCUAAUAAUUUUGCGGAUAUCGGAUACAAUUUCCUGAUUGGGGGAGAUGGGUCGAUUUUUGAGGGGCGUGGUUGGCAUACGAAAGGUGCAUAUAAUCCGGAUUACAAUAGCAAAGGAUUCGGAACGGCCCUGAUCGGUCGAUUUCCCCCGGAAGGUGAAAGAACUAUUUCAGAAUACUGGAGGAACUACUUCAGCGAUCUCAGCUACGCCGCCGCGAAAUCAGCAAAUGGAUUAUAUAAGUGCGCACUGAGCAAAGGCUACAUAAGUCCGGCUAACGAUUCCGCCGUUAUUACGUCCCGGAUAAAUCCCGUUAUUCGAGAGUACGUUUUAAAUCCGGACGUGUUAAUGCCCACGACGACAACAACAACAUCAACGACUACAACAACGAUUUUAUUCAACACAACGAAUACAAUCGUUUCUCCAACAACUAGCACCACUCCUGUUCUCACCGAUGGAGUUAUUGCGGCCAUUGCAACUGGGGUCGCGAUACCACUUCUGUUGGCUGUGUUGUUCAUUGUCUUAAUCUGCAAACGCCGCAAUAAGCUAAAGACAACGGAAGAUUAUCGAGCGGCUAUUCAGAAACUCAUUCCACAGACUACGAUGGCGUAUUAUGAACGUCCCCGAUGGUCGGUGGAUUUAAGAGACGUGUGCCUAGGAACAGGACAGUAUGGACAGGUCUUUAAAGGUUCUCUAAUGGACAGGAAACCGUCGAAAACCCUGGGUCCAACGCUGUCGGGAUGCCGUCCAGUUGCGGUAAAGAUGCUGCGUGAGUCCUGCUGUGAUUAUCAGGGAACAGCGGGGUUUUUGGCGGAAAUGAGCAUCCUGAUGAAGGUCGGCCGGCAUGUGAACAUUGUUAACUUGGAAGGUGUGGUUUUACGAGGGAAGCUGAUGAUGGUGAUGGAACACUGCGAGUUAGGAUCUUUGGACGCGUAUCUUCGGAAGUUAAAGGAGGACACUUUCGCACCACCCCUUGAUGUAAAUAACUUGGUCCGCUUAGCCAAUAGUUAUGUCGCCUUUGGUGUCGGGGACAAGCCACAAGCUACGGUUGCGACUGGAUCAGGUCCAGAUGUAUCAGAACUGACAAACAUCGCCUAUCAAGUCAGCCGAGGAAUGGAAUUUCUGUCGUCAAAGCAUGUCAUCCACCGUGACCUGGCAGCGAGAAAUGUCUUACUGACCGCGGAUAAAACAGCAAAAAUUGCCGACUUUGGGAUGGCAAGGGAGCAACCGGAAUAUAUUUUGGAAAGGGAAAAGGUUCCUUUACCAGUAUGUUGGAUGGCACCAGAAUCCAUUAUUCCCGGUCGCGGAAUUUUUCACAUCCCCAGCGAUGUGUGGUCGUUCGGUGUGGUUCUCUGGGAAAUAUUCUCCCUAGGAGAGACACCAUACGCGAUGGAGUUCCCCAACGGAAUUUUAUACGCGCAACUAUGUACGUUUCUGCAAGAAGGCAACAGGUUACAAACGCCUGACCUUUGUCCAGAACCAGUUGCGUUAUUGAUGGUGAAGUGCUGGGACUUCCAAUCCGACAGCAGACCGGAUUUUUUCGAGCUGCGUAAAGGACUGGAGGCCCUGUUACCGGUUGCUGACAGAGCGCGCUAUGUGCUUUUCGAUGAGGAAAAUGAAAAGCUCAACAGCUGCUUAAAGUGUCCGGCGGAAGAUUCAGGCUGUGCAUCCGAAACCGCGUCGUCUUAUAUAUCAAGCACCGUGGUUGCCAUGCAAAAGUCGCAUGUGGACGGAAACCAAUGGGUGGACAUUGGAUACAAUUUUGUGAUUGGUGGAGAUGGAUCCAUCUUCGAGGGUCGAGGGUGGCAUAAUAAAGGAUCGGUGGCGAAACAGUACAACAGUAUCGGGAUUGGGAUAGGGCUUAUCGGUAGGCUCAAGACCAACGGAAGCGAAAAUCAUGGAUUUCUGUACGCUGCUGCCAAAGCGGCCAAUGGUCUCUUUUACUGUGCGCGGGGGAAAGCUUAUAUUAAUCAGACAGCGGAUGGUGCUGUUGUUGCCUAUGACAUUAACCCGCUGAUCAAAGAUUUUAUCUUGGAUCCGGAUGCAAUGUUAACGACAACGUUUCCUCCACCGUCGCCAACGCUGCCUCCAGAUCAGUCGAUAACCACUCUGCCCACAACAACGUCGGCUUCGACAAGCCAAUCAUCUUCGGUUUCUCCUGGCUCCCGAGGGUCCACCACCUCCGCUUUCACAACAACCGAAGCAUCGGCAAUACCGGGAGAAAUAGUUGCCGGAAUCGCUGCAGGAUUUGGAGGCCUAAUUUUAUUGUUUGCGGUUCUUGGGAUUCUGUUUUACAAGCGGCGCCUUCGGCUAAAGACGAAUGACUACCGACCGGCCAUUCGAAAGCUGAUCCCCGAGAAUGUGAUAGCUUACUACGAACUUCCACGGUGGUCUGUUGAACUGCGAGACGUUUGCCUUGGAGAAGGGCAGUAUGGGAAAGUUUACAAGGGGAUGUUGCUCGAUAACAAAUCACGCAACGUACAACGGCGCCGGUCAUCUGAAAGUCGUUCCGUAGCGGUUAAGAUGUUGCAUAAACUGCGUCACGAUGACCACAGGCACGCUGGUUUCAUUGCCGAAAUGGGCAUUUUAAUGAAAGUGGGUCGUCAUGUGAACAUUGUUAAUCUGGAGGGUCUUGUUCUCAAAGGAAAAUUGCUCAUGGUAAUGGAGCACUGUGAGCUCGGAUCACUCGAACGUUAUCUCCAAAGACUAAAAGUGGAAGCGGCUGAUGUUCCCAUAGCGGAGCUAACCAAUAUGGCGCAUCAAGUCAGCCGCGGAAUGGAGUUUCUAGCGUCCAAGAAUGUCAUUCAUCGAGAUCUAGCGGCUAGAAACAUCCUACUGAAUGCUUCGAAAACCGUGAAAAUUGCCGAUUUCGGAAUGGCGAGAGAACAGCCUGCGUAUAUAUUGGAAAGGGAAAAGGUUCCACUGCCGGUUUGCUGGAUGGCACCUGAAUCCAUUAUUCCCGGGAGGGGAAUAUUCACCACGUUGAGCGAUGUGUGGUCGUUUGGUGUUGUACUCUGGGAGAUAUUUACCCUGGGUGGUGUGCCCUAUGCCAGCGAGUUUCCCAAUGGGAUAUUCUACACACAGUUUUGCCUCUUCUUGCAAGAGGGUCAACGAUUAAGCACACCGGAAUUAUGUCCAGAAUCAUUUGCGAUACUAAUGAUGAAUUGCUGGCACUUCCACGCGGAGGAUCGACCCAAUUUUUCCAGCUUGAGGCAAAGCAUAGAAGCACUAUUGCCGGCGAUAGAAAGGGCACAGUACAUUGCUUUUGAUACGGAAAACGAGGCACUGAAUAACUGCCUCAACAAUCCAGCAGAUUGUUCUAGCUCGUCCACUUCUUCAUCGAGCACUUCGUCAUCUAGUCAAACCAUCGCGAAGAUGUAACGCGAUUUCCUCAUUGCUGAAAUUCUGUUUCAUGAAACACCUUAGAAUUCUUUUGUUUGUUUCUCGUUUUUCUCGGUUGUGGGAUCAGUUUGUGUAUCAUGACUGCCGUUGGCCCGCAAAUAAUAAAAUUAAAUAACUUAUUCGG